AUGGACUGCGCACCCAUGCUUAGUAGAAGGAAAAGAUACCAUUUUGAGGCAGUUGUGAGACUUCAUAGUCUGUCUGCGGUCCCUUAUGUGAAUGCUGUGACAUUUGCAAAACUGCGCUUAUUAGAUACGCGUCACUCAAGCCAGUUUUCCACGAGGUUUGUUUUUACGUCGAUUCGCUGGGACAAAUGUAUUAGAACCAAAGAAACCAAAGGUGGCAAAUCGUUCUACAAAGUGGGGUUUGUCAUUGUCAACCUGGCUUCAUUUACGGCAAUGGGGAGUGCUACUUGCCGCCGUAGAUAUAUUUUGGAAGGAUACGACGAAAAACACAAGCGACAAGAUAACUCGCUGUUGUCGGUUGCCUUUUCAAUGCGCCAAAUUUUUGGUGACACUUAUUUUCGAAUGUGA